AACCAUUUUGUUUUUGGAUUCCUCCCUAUUCUGCUCCCAGGAAUAAAAUUAAGGCAGCCUGCGGGAUUACUGGAGUCAUUGUCACCAUAGCUGUCUGGAGGUAGCAGCCAUUGGAUGCUGAUCACCACCUCCCACCUUUUUUCUCCUUUUAAUCACUUGACUGAACACCUCCGAGUCGUGAUGAGACUGUGCUUAGCAGAACUGGCAUUUUCUUCUUCGCCUGCCUGUGGCUGCUGUUAAGCACUGAGCACUUGUUUCCUUAGUGCCAUUGUCUUGGUGCAGCAUCCUUUCCAUCUUGGUACGGCUAUCCCCCUAGGAUUAAUGUCACUGCACAGGAACCAGUCUCUGUGUGCGAGUGUGGCUUUUUAAUCCUGCCUGAACCGUGCAUUGCUGACAGCAAAAAAGGGUUAAACAGGCUGCAUAAUAGAUUAUUAUGCAUGGACAUGGUGUGAUGUAAUUCAGCGGCUGCCUGUCUUCACAGGCUCUGGGAGGAGGGCUCAUUCUAAGGGCACGCUUUGUUUCUGCAACAUCUGGUUGGGGGAGUGCUGCCGGACAGAUUUGCAUAGUGGAUUUCUGCUUUCUUGGAUGGGUGAUGUGUGUGCCUGGCAGUCAGGGUGAUGGAAUGAACUGGCUUUUUCAAUUGCUUUUUUCUGCCUUCCUUCUGCUUGGCUCAGGAUCAUUGGUGGCAGAGAGCUAAAAAUAUAGCGUGGCAGUACAUGGAGGCAGUUUCUUGCUGGAUUUCCCUCCACUUCCUCUGAAGAAAUGUUAUGGACUCCCACAUUUUCCUUAUCCAAUAUGCGUGUUCGGCUGACUGCGUGCGGGCUGCUCCGAAACCUGCGCCUGCCUUCUGGCUACCGGAAAAGCACGAUUAUAUUCCACACAGUUGAUAAAGGUAAGCAGAAGACAAGCCCUCGAGGUUCCGGUACACAGACACAGGCUGCCCCAGUGGACCCACAAGCUCUCGAGUUAGCACGGUGCAAAGCAGUAUGCGAAGAGCAGAAGGGAAUCAUACAACAACUGAAAAGUCUCCUCACCUGCGGCAACCAAAGGUUUGAGGCCCUAACAGUGGUCAUCCAACAUGUCAUAAAUGAGCGUGAAGAGGCCCUGAAGAAACGGAAGGAGAUCUCUCAGGAACUUCAGAAUUUGCGAGGAGACUUGGUAUCUGCGUCCAGUACCUGUGAGAAGUUAGAGAAGGAUAAGAACGACCUGCUGAUCGCUUAUGAAGGCAUCCUACAGAAGGUAAAGGAUGAGCACAUCUCUGAGCUGUCUGACCUGGAGGAGAAGCUCAAGCAGUUCUACACAGGAGAGUGUGAAAAACUACAGACCAUCUUCAUUGAUGAGGCCGAGAAGUACAAGAAUGAGCUUCAAGAGAAGGUUGAUGAUCUGAAUUCCACUCAUGAAUCCUACAGGCUAGCAGCAGAAUCCAGUCAUGCUGAGGAUCUAGAACACAUAAAGAGCGAAUAUGAGAAAUCCUUGACAGAACUUAAAGGCAGCCAAAAGCGUGAGAAUAAAGCAUUAGAAGACUCCUUUAAAGAAAAACAGGCUGAACUAGAGAAAAAAAUUGAAGAACUGAAACAGGAGAAUGAAUCUCUGAAGGAGAAACUAAAAGUUGAGGAAGAACAAAGAAAGCAAUCCAAAGAAAAAGCAACCCAGAAAAACCCUCAAGUGAUGUAUCUGGAGCAGGAGUUGGAGAGUCUAAAAGCAGUUUUAGAAAUUAAAAAUGAGAAAGUGCAUCAACAAGACAAAAAACUGAUGCAGGUUGAGAAACUGGUGGAGACUAACACAACUCUGGUAGAACGGCUGAACAAAUGUCAGCAGGAGAAUGAGGAUCUCAAAGCUCGUAUGGUGAAUCACAUAGCAAUGUCAAGGCAGCUGUCUACGGAGCAGGAAGUUCUUCAGCGAUCUCUAGAGAAAGAGUCCAAAGCGAAUAAGCGUCUCUCGAUGGAGAAUGAAGAACUCCUAUGGAAGUUGCACAAUGGUGACCUAUGCAGCCCUAAAAAAUUGUCUCCCUCCUCCCCCGGAAUCCCAUUUCACCCAUCACGGAACUCGGGCAACUUUUCCAGCCCAACAGUGUCACCCAGAUGACACCUCUACAAUGGUGGAGACUUCACCGAAACAUUUCAGGACAUAGCGGUGAGAUUGCUUUGUAUAUGUACAGUGGAAAAUAAAAGCUAUAUUAGCUAUCUAACCAUUACACAUGACUGGAAUCUUGGGAGAAGGCUUCUACAACCUACUGGAAAUGAAUGGGCAAUUUGUUCUUGUUGCUCUUUCUUCUAAAGACAAGACUUUGGACUGGGAAAUGGAAUACCUAUAUGGACAUUGUUGCACAAAGCACUUACCUAGCAAGAUACAGCUGUUCUUGUUUUUUGCCUUUUUUCACCUACAGCAAGUCAAUAGGGAAAAAAGCUCAGGGCUUGUAGAUAAAAUAUCACAAACUUUCUAUAGUUUCUUUAUCACCUGUAAUUCUUUUUCUCCCUUUGGAUGGGGUGGUUGUAAAGUGAAUGAGAUGGAUGUAACACACCUGAAUUGUGUGCCUCAUGCUGCCUGUGUGGAUUUUGUUUUUUCUUUUCUGUCUUUUGUACAGGACUAUAUCCAUGAAACAUGUCUAUUUCAAAGAAGCCGUUUUACUGCUUUAGAAACUCGGCACAAUACAUUUUGCCUUUUCCUGUUCCUGAACCUCUUAUGGAAACAUCAGAACACUGAUAUCCAGCAAGGUUUUAGGCCUUCAUGUUGUGCCCCCGUGACUGUCUUGGUCUCUAAAAUGUAGAAAUGGUGAAAUUGAGUGUGUAAAAUAAGCACUCUGCUCUACUACUGUGCUGAAAAUCUGCUACAUAACCUUAUGUUACUUUUCGGGUCUAUGCAAAAGACAUCACAUUGGUGUAUUUGUAAUGUUGUCUAUAUCAAGCUUGUGUCUUUUGCAGCAGUUAGUCAACAGUUCAUUUAUCAGGAUAGAACGGACGUCUUGAAAGGUACAUGCAUCAAAAGACCAUAUAUAAGGGGAACUGCCACUAACAGGCUGAUUUAAUAAAUGCAGUGAUGUGCAAUAGCUCCCAGCAACCAAUUGGAGUCCGUUUACUGGAGUUUGCCAGUAAAAGAGGAAUUCUGGUUGUUGUGGUUCACUGGUUACUUUGCACAUAGCUUAAUUAAAUAAGUCUGUAUAUGCCUUACAUUAAGGUCAGCUGUAUUGGAGACUGGAGUAUCAAACAAGAGGAAGGCUUGCAUAAUAUAUAAUGUAGCUCAUCUCUUCUAUUCAGCAAACAGAAGACCUGCAGAAACUGUCAGAUGUCGCAUAACGGUUUUACUUCCUGUUGACCUGACUAUUGGAGUUUGGUUUGGUUUAAAUUGUUUGCAGAGUUUCCAAAACAUUUUCCAAAGAAUUUUUAUUACCCAGCAAAAAUCAAUUUUCUGUUGUUAAUUCUUUUGUUUUGUGUUCACUUCAUAGACAUUGAAGUCCUGCUCAUACUGCCACUGGGCUUUCUGAGUAAGACAGUUCAGGACUGUCGCCAACAUGUAUUGGUUUGUACCCCUGUUCGGUCUUUCUGAUCAUCGGACUUUGAUGUGGUCACUGAUAGGACAAAUAUGGGCACAGGAUAAAGUUUGUGUAUUUUUUUUUAUCUGUUUUCAUCUGCAUCAUGCAAAUGUGUGUAGCUUCUAGCAAACUUGGAUGUAAAAAGAAAUAAAUAAAAGCUGUAGUUGCUUGGUUUGUAAUGAUGGAAAUAUAUUCUGACAUGUAAUAAGAGAAUAAAUUUAUUGGUGCAGUAAUUUA